CUUUCAUCGACUGGUGAUACUAAUACCGGGCAUAGUUACAACUUACUACAUAUCACAAUAUCACAUAACAUAUGCCAUCACAUGCCAUAUUGAACUGUCCAUUUCCCCCCCAUCCCUUAUUAUUAAAAGUAGUGUCCGAUUCAACCUCUACAGAAAUAGUCGACAUAGUAUUUCUUCUCAGUUGUUGAAAUAGUGUUUGUUACAUUUACCGUCGAGUAUCCUAUAAACACUUGCAGUCGAAUCCGCUCAAGCUAUUGGUUCCCCGCGGUCCUGCAUACAUACACAUAUGUACAAGGCCGCAGCGAAUCAUAGUCAAUUCCAGUGUACAUCUAGUUAGGAUCGCAAUAGCUCUUUCGUAACCUAUUCCUUAGCGCAGAAACCCUCAGAGGCUCAGAUAUCCUCUAUUUGUUUUCUCUCGAUCGCAAGUACUACCUAGCGAUCCCUCUCUAAUAAAGGCAUCUCACCCCACUACGAUAACUACCCCAACAUGGCAGCAAGGCGGUCAAAGGCGUCUGCCGAUGAUGGAUUGAAUGAGCUCUUCGAAGGAAUCGACGAGAGCGUAGUUAAGAAGCCUGCUAGUAAAUCUAAGCCGGCCCCCUCUAAGACUCGAGGCGAGAAGCUCAAGAAAGACAUACCUGGACUUGCCGAGCUGGAGGACGAGCUUGGCGAAGAACCCGCCCGACCCCAUACGCCUCGCGUCAAAGAGACAUCUACCAAGGCACCUGUUAAACGAACUAAUACAGCAACACCUCCGCCCGGUGCCUCUCGACAAUCCGAAGACAAGCCAGCCAACGUCGCACGCAAAUCCGUCGAUAGCACUCGCUCCCUCCACGCAAGCUUUACCCCUAGUGCCACCAGCUCUGAUCUCCAGGAUGCUGAGAAGAAGGGGUCAGUCGAGGAGACAGCACCAGCUGCUGGCGGUGGUUGGUGGGGUGGAAUUUUUGCCACGGCCAGCGCUACAGCAAAUGCAGCCAUUAAGCAAGCCGAGGCUGCAUACAAGGAGAUCCAGCAGAAUGAGGAAGCCAAGAAAUGGGCUGAUCAGGUUAAAGGAAACGUUGGAGCUCUGAGAGGUCUAGGCGACGGUAUCCGCCAGCACGCUUUGCCUACCUUCGCCAACAUUUUGCACACUCUUGCCCCGCCCAUCUCCUCUCACGAGCGUCUACUUAUCCACAUCACCCACGAUAUCGUUGGUUACCCAUCGCUUGACCCUCUUAUUCAUGAGGUCUUCAGCCGGGUCAUGUCGCAAGUUGAGGGCGGCGACCUGCUCGUCAUCCAACGCGGCCAUGAGAAUACCGCUCGACGAUCCUCAGACGCCUUCUACAAGAGUUCUUCCAACUCCGCCGGCUGGCGCGACGGUCCCUGGUGGAGGCAAGUCGACUCACCUCGCGACCUAGGUGCCGUGAAAGGUAUAAUCGAGGGGACCAAGCUCUGCCGCGUCAGUGCGGAGAGUUAUUCCCACGACUACUUCGCGGCUAGUGGUGGCGUUAACGAGGCGCAGAAACGUGCCUUGGAGCCCGUAAGCGAGGAAAAUCCCGUGCGAACUAGUGACAUCUUCCUUGCUGUCCAACCUAUCAUCGUAGACGCAGACCCCGCCCUCUUCGCUGGUAGCACAGCUGGUGAGGCAGAGAAGGAACCCAGCGCUGUAGCCGACGACAGCAGCGCAGACCCUCACAUCUGCUUCGCAGUCUACGUCCUCGACCCAAUCCACGAUAUCGUGUACAGCACCGUAAGCCAGUACAUCCCGGCCAAAUGGAUCCGUUGGUUGGAUGCGCCGGCACCCUUGACGCCUGCCAGCGGCGAGAGCGAGCAACAGCUAGGUACAGAGGGCAUCAACGUACCAGACGAGAUCCGGGAGAUUGUAGAGAGCGGUGGCGUAGAUCCGCGCGAAUGGGUUGCCGAGUGGGUCGAGGAGACGUUGAGCUUGAGUAUCGGAGUUGUGGCCCAGCGGUAUGUGGCUCGUCGGAUGGGUGUUGGCGAGGGGGGCCUCGGAAAGGGGAAGCAGAAGGUUGAGGAGCUGCUUCGGGAGGGUGGGGGUGAGGCGGCUAGGGCUGGGCUUAUCUGAUGAUGGGAUAAGAUAAGACGAGUCUUAGCUUGCGGAAAGGGGAUGGGACUGGGCAGCAAGGAAGAGGUAUGUAGGUAGGUAAUCAGCUGCUCGCUUUGCGGUCCAUUGUCUAGUGCUGCUUUCUAUGGAGUUAGCCGGGUUAAAUCUAGUAUUCGAUUUCUUGUCGAAUUUGGGAUUAUGCUAGCCUUCUCUUUAUUGACUAUAUAUGAAGAGAUAUGGUAAUAUAUUAUGACGUCGACUUUAAGGGGUUGUCUCGGGUGUCAUGUGUAUUUAUAGCUGGGCUAUGUCUGUAUAGUGAUGCGAAUUACAUGGGUAGGUUAACUUGAUAUUUAUUACGUAGUAUAAUCUCACG